GUGUGGGUUUGUCCUCAUUGCCAUGAUUCUUUCCAUGGCCACUUUGCCUUUUAGCUCUAUUGUCACUUUGAAAAUUACAAUUUAAACAAAUUUUCUCAGUUUAGAGAGAAACUGGAGUCACCCCCACCUUGAAGCUAUAGAUAAGACGGCCUAUUCAUGUAGUGCUUUGGCUAAGUUGUACAGUGACAGUCGUGAGUUGAAUGAGAUGAGGGAGAGAGAUGGGGAGAGACAGAGAGAGAGAGGGAGUGUAGGCCUAUGUGUGAAAGAGAGAUAGAGAGGGAAAGAGAGCUCCUCAGUUGCCUUAGCAGCGCAGCUCCAUUCCUUCACAGUCGGGCUUCAGUCCGGAGCAGUGAGCGCUGCGCUGCGCUUCACCUACACGACUUCACCUUAAUUAACCAGUCACAGUCCGGUUGUAUUCCAGGUAUUCCGCGGUGUUAGAUUUUUUUUUAAUUUGUAAACUCCAGUUUGGGCUUUCUCCAAGUUUCACAACGCCCUCUCUGCGGCUGAUAUGAAGAAAAAGGCGACGGUGGCAAGUUGAUUCCAGUGCGGCUCCAGGUUUAAACAGCUCUGCAAGGUGUAAUAACGCUCCUGACGGUCGUCCUUGUCACCAGAGAGCAUGGCUCUGCAGGCGGGGAAUGAGAGUGUUGUGGAGGUGUCGGCGGGCUGCGUGGAGCAGGGCAACCUCACGGAAGUUACCGACUAUAAUAUCAGCUGUACGAACAGCUCCGUCCUCCCCAGACCGGCCACCAAGAGCAGAGAGACGGACUCGCUGCGCAUCCUGCUUUACUCUUUGAUCUUCCUGCUCAGCGUCUUUGGCAACCUGCUUAUCAUUGUGGUCCUGAUGCUGAACAAGCGCAUGCGGACCGUCACCAACUCCUUCCUGCUGUCGCUGGCGGUCAGCGACCUCAUGAUGGCCAUCUUCUGCAUGCCAUUCACCCUCAUCCCCAACAUCCUGGAGGACUUCAUCUUCGGGGGCGCCAUGUGCAAGACGGUCUCCUACUUUAUGG